AAAAUAGGCAAAAAAAAUAUAUAUUUCACAUUGAAAUUGACAUAUACAGAAAAAAACAUACUAAAAUCUCAUACGAACAUUUCCGACUACUUCCUUCAGACUUGUAUAUGUUUUUUUUACACAUUUGGUUUUUCAUAACAAAAAAAAAAAUUCUGAUCCAAAACAAAAGUACAGACAUAUUUUUUGUUUCUGAAUAUAACUGAGUGUCCGCACAUAUAAUCAUCAUAAAAGAAAAAGAUAGAACGAAAAAGUGAGAGAGAGAAACAGAGAGCAAAAGAACCAUAAAAAAGAAAACAAAAUCCACCCUGAAUCAUAAUUUGUAAUUGGUUUUCCAUCAUUGUUUCAAAGAAUAUUCUGUAAAAUUCUCAUCAUCAUUAUCAUCAUCAUCCAAUAUUAUAUUAUCAUACGAAUUUUCACAUCAUUUUUGUUUAGAUGAUUACAAUAUAAUAUCAUUUGUUUCGAUUAUCAUUGUUUUUUUUGUGUAUUCCCAUUGUUUUGAUUGUUUUGAAGUAAAAAAAAAGAAAAAGAAAAAGAAAAUGAGUGCAAUAUCAUCAUCACCAUCACCAUCACCAACACCUCCACCACCACCCCCACAAUCAUCAUCACCAUCUCAUCAUCAACAUUCAACAAAACCGGGUGCAUUAGUUUCAUCUGCUAAAUCAUUAUUAUCUGAACAAUCUACACGUCUUUUAUUAAAACAUACAACCGAUCUUGAUCUAUUGGAUGAUUUACGUAAUUAUUUAAAAAAUCGUUGCGCAUUAGAACGUGAUUAUGCACAAUCAUUGGCCAAAUUGAAUACAAGUUAUGCAAAACGUACAUCAACAUUUUUGACAUUUGUUACAAAUGAAGAUGAAAAUUCUGAUAUCAAAACAUUAUACACUUCAUGGAGAAUAUAUCAAGAGGAAAUGGAAAAACAUGCCAAAAAUCGUCAAUCACAAUUUGAACAAUUGGCAACCGUUUGUGAAACGCUUAAAACAUUGCGUUCACAUAAAAUUCAGAUUGCCAAAAAAUGUCUAGACAAUUAUCUUAAAAAAAUGCAUGAAGAAAUUGUUCAUUCGGUCAACGAAAUUGAUAAAACGAGAAAAUUAUAUUUUGAAGAAGAACAUUUGGCCAAACAAGCACGAGAUAAAGAGGAAAAAAUAAAAAAACGUAAAACAGGCAUAUUUGCUUCGUUUACAAGUUUACAAAAUAAAAAAGAACGUACAUCAGCACAUCGUGAAGCAAGCGAUAUUCAAUCAACUCAGGCACGAAAUGAUUAUAUAAUGGCAUUGGCAGCUGGCAAUGCACAUUUUGAUCAUUAUUAUAAUCAAGAUUUAAUCAAUCUUAUGUUGAACAUUGAUGAUUGUGUAUUGGAUAAAUGUCGAAGUCAUAUGUUAAAUCUAUUGAAAGUGGAAAAAGAUUCCGUUCAAUCAUGGUCGGAUGUGAUUGAAAAAGCUACCGAUCUAGUUGAUCAUACUUCAGCUGAUUAUACAAAUUCAAUAUUUUUACGCGAUCCAAAUUCAUCAUCAUUGACGGAAAUAUUGACAUAUGAAUUUCAAUCGUGUGAUAAUGAUCCAAUCGAAACAAUUUCAUUGGAUCAUAAUGCUGAUAUUGCGUUACGUAAUGAAGGACAAAAAUGGUUCACUUGGUUUUCCAAAGAAUGUCGUAAUCUUAAUCGUUUAUCAGCUCAAUUAGUUAAACUACAGGCUUUAUUAUCCGAAGGUCAUAAGACGGUUGACCUACCAGGAAGCGGACAGGUAGAAAUCGAGAAUCGUAUUGAUGAAAUUCGUCAACAAUUACGUAAAUGUGAAAUAAGUAAACUAAAAGCAAAGGCUCGUCUGCAAGUGAUUAAAGAAAGCGGUGCUGAAGUUGAAGAUUUUAUCGCAUUCGAAUCACAAGUAACAAAUGAAAUUAAACAACAAUCUUUGGAAGUAGAUAAUCUAAAUCUAACUUCAUUAAGUCGUACACCAUCAAUGCGUUCACAUAGCGAUUUGGAAGCCAAACUUAGUUCGAAAAGUGAAACUGAAAAUAUUGGACAUCAAACAGUUCGACCUGAAUCUUCAUCAUCUAUUGAACAAUUGGAUUCGCCCGAUAGAGAACUAUUACAAAUGGGCACUAGUAUUGAAAGUACAUCACCUGCACCAACAUCUGCAGCAUAUUCAGCAGUUAAUCAAACAUCUUGGGGUGAUUAUGAUCCAGCACAAGCAUGGGAUAAUGAAUCAUCCGUUCUUCCUACUUCUACCAAUGCUACUACCGUAGGUAACGCCUACAAUGGUAUUAAUGAUGAUUACCAACAACAGCAACAAACAAUCGAUGAAUAUCGACAACAUUCAAACGAUUUGAAUGAUGAUCAAAUGAAUAAUGAUAAUUAUCAACAACAGCAACAAAAUAUUCAGGAAAAUUUCUAUGAGGAUUUACAACAACAACAACAACAUGAUCAUUUAAUGGUUGAUGGAUUUUCAUUGAUUGGAAAACAAUGUUUUGUUCUAUACAGUUAUACUGGCCAAAAUGAUGAUGAGCUAACUAUUGUUGAGCAGGAGAUUAUUGAUGUUGUAAAUGCAGCCGAUAAAGAUUGGGUUCAAGCACAAAACAAAGAUGGUCAUUUUGGCUAUGUUCCUGCAUCAUAUUUACAACCGGUAUCAAUGAAUGAACAUUAUGAAGCAACGUCCGAUAUGCCAAAUGAUAUUUCAACGUUUAAUGAUGCUAAUAAUGAACAACAACAAUAUCAGAUUACAUCGGCAAAUGAUCAAUGGACUACUGAUGAACCACCAGCACCUCCAAUCUCUUCAUUAACACAACAACAAACCGAAAUGUCAGCACCGGAAAUCAAUAUUCAACAAGCUUCAUCAACUUGUUCACCAAAUAAAGAUAAACAACAACACUCAGAACAAUCAAAUGAACAAAUGAAAGAUAAUGAUGACAAUAAACAUUCAGAUGAAACUUUUGUUCGAGCAUUGUAUGAUUAUAUUGCUACGAACAGUGAAGAAAUUUCUUUCAAAUCUGGUGAUCUUAUCAAAAUAAUCGAUCAAGAAUCGGAUGAUGGUUGGUGGACAGGUCAAACUACUGAUGGUCAUAUUGGUCAUUUUCCAUCCAUGUUGGUUAGUGAAUUGGAAGAAAGUGACGAUGAAGAUGAAGAAAAUGAUGACAAUGAUGAUGAUAAUGAUGCUGAUGAUGAUGAUGAUGACAAUGAUAAUGGUCCAGGGGGUUUAGCGAACCAAAUACCGUUACCACCACCAUCAAUUGAUUUACCACCACCUGUAUUGCCUCCAAUGGUCGAAAUAGAUUCCUGUAAUAAAAAUGGAACAACAGCAACAGACAUUGAAUUUGAAGGAAAGCCAUCGUUGCCACCACUUCCACCACCACCGCCACCUCAAAUAGUAGCUUGUGAUGGUGAUGAUGAGACAACGCUGUCUUCAUUGCCACCAUUGCCACCGCCACCACCUCCACCAUCAAGAACGGAACCAAUAGAACCCCCAACUUUUGCACCGCCACCAAAACCAGUGCAAUUAAUGACACCUCAAGCAGUUGUUAUUAUACAACCUACACCUGAAAUUGAAUCCCGUCCUGUUAUUGGUAGUGAUUCACAAAAUGAUAAUUUUGCCUAUCAAAAAGAUAUCGAUCAUCAACAAAGCAAUAUCGACGGCAAUAAAAGUAUGGAACAAAAAAAUGAACCACCAAGUGUUUGUGUAUCGAUGGCGAUAGCGGCACAUGAAAUAUCCGAAACUAUCACCCAACAAGCAAUCGAUGAUUCAUUACGCGAAUUAGAAAGACGCAGUUCUGCAGCAAGCUCAAAUCAAGAUCCACCAACAACAACAACAGUAUCACGAUCAUCGAUUGAUGUUAAUUGUACAUCAACACAUAUGAAUGGAAUGAUUGUCGUUACUAAUGGUGAAAUAUCUCAUGAUGAUGAUAAUAAUGAUAUUGAUGAUGAUGUUGAUGUUGAUGAAGAUAUGAAAUAAUAAUAAAAAAAAAUGUCAAACCAAAUAUGUUCAACAACAAUAACAAUAUCUGAUCAUAA